UUAAGCAUGUGUUUGUUACACAACAUCAAAGAACUAAACUCCAACGGACAAUGUUCGCAUUUAAAAGAUUGUUUACAAUGCCUUUCUUGAUGAAGAAACAAAUCCUUCUUUCGUAAAAAACCAUAACCGCAAAAAUUACAACAAUUCUCCGAAUGUUCCUUCGCUAUAUGGCUACGAAGUUUGUAUUUUGAUCUAAAUUCACACUGACAUAAAUCGCAUUGAAGUGGAUUAGUAUGAACUUGUGUCUUGUGCUUUCUUAAACUACCAAUCUUACGAAAAACUUUACCGCAAAUAUCACAAACAUGUUCCUCGUUGUUUUCGUGAUAAAUUGUUCGAUGUAAAGUCAAAGAACGAACAGUCGGAAAAGAUUCGUCACAAUAACGACAAUGAAAAUUCCUCUCAUGGUAUAAUCUCUUAUGCUCCGUCAACGUAUUCUGUGUUUUUAAAACACUAGAACAUAAAUCACAAGAAAAGUGCUUCUCUUUAACAUGUAUAUCAUAAGACUUAUUAUCAGGAAAUUCUAACGAACAUAUUUUGCAAAAAACCAUAUUCGUAAAAGUACCUUGUAUGAUGAACCAAUCUCUUUAUCUCUUAUGAACCUUUGCUCUGGCCCCAGACGCUCUGACUGAAUUGAAAAAAGCUCUCGCUUUUAUAGCUAGACCGAAGUAUUGUAUGCUAAUUUCAAACUAUUUUUAAAAAAGAGACGUCAUUAUUACUGAACAAAAAAAUUUGAAGUUUAUUCAUUUUCAAAGCUAAAAAAAAUCUAAGUUAUUCCUUAUUUAAAAAUUAAAGUUUUUUUUCAAAAACCAAAAUUUGAAGUUCCUUCGAAUAACUUCAAAUAAAAAAAACUUGAAGUUUUUAUAAAUUUGAAGUUUUUUUCUUAUUUGACUUUAAACAAUAGACGCUUCUCAGUAACCAAUCAUAUGAAUGACAUUUUAAGAUUUAAAAUAUUAGCCAAUAGUAAAGCUCCACAUUUAACAUCCGUUGCGUAAUAUGUCAAUCAUUUAUAAAAUCACUUAACCAACUCCCAAAUUCACAAACUGUCACACCAACGAUCGUAAUUUUGAAAGAAGUCGAAAAAAAAUGACGAACAAUCAAGCAUUCGAAGUAAAAAAAGCUAUCGAUUCAGCCUUUACGGACGACGAAGAAGAUUUAAUUCCGUUAUCUUUAUUGUCCAAAAGACUACUGACAUCACGCCCAAAUAAAAGAACAUCAACGUCGGAAGACGAAUCAUCACCCAAAAAGAAAUGCGAAGGUUCUGUAACUGUAAAUCAUGCAGAAAUAUCAAAAGAGUUCAAUCGACUAAAAGAGCUACUAGAACCUUCAUUCCCUUUAAUGCCAUCAAUUCGAGCACUCGUCCCUCCAGAUAUGGAUACAGACGCUGAAACAACGCUCACGGCAAACGAAUCAGCAACAGAAGUAGAAAACUUCAACGAAUCUACGCCAAAACCAACCAAAGUUACUCCAACAGCCCGAAAAUCCUUUCCCGCAGCACGAAGUCCACCUACUCCACUAGCCUUCGAGCCGCAAACGCCACCUAUUUCAGAACCUGAUACAGAGCCUCAACAAGAAAGACCAACAGUUCCACAACCCCUGAACAUCUUUAACUUCAAUUUAUCUGACGAUGUUCCAACUAUUUGAUUGCCGAAUACAAACGGAGAAGAACUACACAAAUUCAAAUUGGCAGUUCAAUAAGAGAAAUGAUGCACACAGUAAACAAUGUCACUUCAUUAAAAAGAAGUAUCAUAUAUGAAGACCCGUUGUUCGACUGUCACGAUGCAAUAAGAGUAACACUAUUGUGCGCAAUAGAUGAAAUCAUGUCAAAA